AACAAAUGAUGAUUGCGUACAAUAUUUUAUUUUUUGUUUGUUAAAUCAGGGGAGUCAGUUGAUAAUUGUUUGUACCUGUCAUCAGACUUUCGUCAAUCAAAUUCUACUAGAAAUCAGUCAGAACGAUAUGAAAUGGAAAUUCAACCUACUGGACAGCCAAGUUCAGCUUUAGACAGUCAUUAUCAAGAAGAAUUGAUAGAGGAACAAAAUGUGUUUCAUGCCGACCGAAUCAUUUCGACACAGCAUACUGAAUCUAACCUUAACUAUGCUGAAGUUAUAUUUGAAGCAGUGCCUUCUACAAGCACAAGUAUUAUCCAUGGCAAAGAAGACAGAACUAUUUAUUCUGAAAUAGAUUUGUUGUGCCAUGCAGAUGUCAUUCCGUCCGGCAGUGAAAGUGACGAUGACUUUAUGUAUGUGGAUGGGAUUGAGAAUUACAAAAAGCAAACAUGCAUCUAAAAUUACAAUAUCGUCAUUGAUUGUGCAGAUGAAUGUAAAUAAUAUAACGUCACGUCCUCAACCUUUUACAUAGGGAGAAUUUUUGUAUAGACUAAAACUUUCAUUAUACAUUUUGUAAUUACUUAAGUGUUUUACGAUAUUGUUCCUAGUUUCUGUAGUUAUAAUUAUAAUAGUUAUAAUACUUAAGGGGUUUUACAGUUUUGUUUCUAUGUGCUGCAGUUAUUAUUGUAAUCAAUGUAAAUUUAAGAAAACUUUAAAACA